AUUUUGCGCGGAAGGGGAUAAAAGCUAAAAGAAAAGGAGAAUAUUGCUGGAUUUAGGGCCUCCGGCGCUUGCUUUGAUCCGACCAAGUUCUCGUCGCACUUCUCUGUACCAAGUGUAGCUUAGCCAAUAACUACGACGUUUCGUCGACGCAAUGAGUGCAGCCGAACCCUCUUCAUACCCUCCCAUCGACCCCGUGAACUUUGAUCUUAUUAUCGUGGGCACCGGCCUGCCAGAAUCUGUUAUUGCCGCCGCAGCUGCCGCUGUCGGGAAGACGGUUCUCCAUCUCGAUCCCAAUUCCUUCUACGGCAGCUACUUCGCUUCCCUUUCCCUUGAUGACUUCACUUCUUUCCUCAAUUCCCAUUCUGUACCCGCAUCAGCCGCUACCGCCACAACUACGCUGGGCAAUCAGCAUGACGAUAGCAAUCACGUCGUCAUAGAACUCAUUCAGCAAUCCCUGUACUCUGAUGUGGAAGUUGUUUCUUGCCCUUCUGAGAAGGAAAACUUACUGCGUGAAAAUUCCAGAAAAUUUAAUCUGGAUUUGGGAGGACCUAGGACUCUAUUUUGCGCUGACAAAUCCGUUGAUUUACUGCUCAAGUCUGGUGCUUGCCAGUAUAUAGAAUUUAAAGGCAUUGAUGCGAGCUUUGUGUACGAAGCAAAUAGGAAAUUUGUGAAUGUGCCGGAUUCUCGGGCAGCGAUUUUUAAUGACAAGAGUCUUACGCCGAUAGAGAAGCGCCGGUUAAUGGAGUUCUUUAAGCUCAUUCAGCAGCACUCGGCAGCUUCUUCCGAUAAUUACAACAAUAGGGAUGCAGAUGACGGGGUUGAUGGUUGCAACAUUUCAGAGGAAGAUCUGGAGAGCCGAUUUGUUUUCUUCAUGGAGAAAAUGCGGUUGCCACCAAAGAUAAAAUCGAUUCUUACGUAUGCUAUAGCCAUGGCAGAUUAUGAUCAAGAGAAUAAUGAGUUUUGUGAAGAUUUACUCAAGACAAAAGAUGGAAUUGAACGCUUAGCUCUGUACAGUUCAUCUGUUAACAGAAUUCCAAAUGCCCCUGGUGCUCUGCUUUAUCCUAUUUAUGGUGAAGGAGAGUUACCACAAGCCUUUUGCCGUCGUGCUGCUGUCAAAGGUUGCAUAUAUGUUCUCAGAAUGCCAGUCAUUGCUCUUCUUAUGGAUAAGGUUACUGGGCAUUAUAAAGGCAUUAAAGUAGCUUCCGGUCAGGAUUUAUAUAGUGAUCAGCUAAUCCUGGAUCCAUCGUUCACCAUUCCAUCACCAGUGCCUUCAUCUCCAAGAGAUUAUUCCAUGGAAAGGAUUCAUAUUUUAAGUCAGAAAGAAGUUAAAAGGAUGGUAGCCAGGGGCAUAUGUGUUACAGGGAGUUCCAUAAAGAAAGAUGUGCCUACUUGCUUGGUGGUGUAUCCUCCUAGAUCUCUGUAUCCUGAACAACAUACAUCUGUCCGAGCUCUUCAGAUAGGAUCAAACCUUGCUGUUUGUCCUCCAGGCACUUUUGUAUUAUACUUUUGUGCGGUUUGUAAAAAUGCUGAUGAAGGAAAGAAGUUACUACAAGCUGCCAUGAAUGCUCUUCUUGUGUUGCCUGAAGCUGGAAACCCCAGUAUUUCAAGUGAUCAAAGUGAGAGUGCAGAUAUAAAGCCCAUUGUGCUUUGGAGAGCAUUUUAUGUGCAGAAAAUAACAGCGGUUAAGUUUGAUCGCAUUAGUUCCGCUCCUCCACCAGAUGGGAAUAUAAACUAUAACGACCUUUUAGAUGCAACUGAGAAGCUGUUUCGUCAAUUGUAUCCCCACGAGGAAUACUUUCCAGAGACCAAAUCACCUGAAGAGUCUAUGGAGGAUAACGGGAUUAGUCUGGAGGGCUAGCAAGCGCUGGCCGGCUGAGCCUUGUCACGAGAACGGACAGUUUGACAUGGUUUAUGCGUCUUUGACUGAGACUACAACUUGUCUGAAUCUGCUGCAACAGCACUGGAGUAUAAAGGCCUGAAAGUCAGUCUACUUCUAGGAUGUACAUUGUAUGACCACUUUCGCUGUUCCUGUGCUGUUGACCUAUUCGUUUUUUUCUUUUUUUGAGGCAAAGCUGGAAACUGAUCUUUUUCUUACCUAUCUGAAGUGGAAUCUUAAUUGAAGGCACGUGUUUACCAUUGUACAAGGGUCAUUCUAGUGGCUUGGUCUUUUAACUUAAAGACAUGAAUUUUUUUUUUUCCCCCGUGUGAUAGGUGACAUGUUUAAUCCUAUCUGUAACUUUAUGCAGUUUAUGCCUGCCUUCUAAAUCAAUACCCGUCUUUAACAAAAA